AGCAAAAUAGAUAAAAAUGUCCGUCUCCAGGUGUGCAAGGCUAGUAGCAACACACCUGAACAUACUGUAACAGCAACAAAAGGUGGUUCUACAAAGUACCGAUUCAAAGGCGCUAAACCCAAAUGCAGAGGUAAUAAAUAAAACGUAGCUUGUGUUUGUAAUAUGAAGAAAGGGCUCUGAAAUGUCUUGGAUGAACUGUAUGUUGCACACAUCUCAGUUCCCAAUUAUUUUGAGUAGUUGAUCUGUUUUCCCAAACCCAAAACAGGAACAGAUAAUUGGCCUGAAAAUCUGAUUUGAGAUAAAGGAGUCUCUGAUCAAAGCCAUACACUGAUUUUUCGUUUCCAAAAGAAGAUCAUAUCUGAUCAUCUCUAUAAAAACCCUCACCACUUAAAAUUAUUUUUGAGAGCAAAGCGCCACUGUUUUCUACGGGGCUUAUGCAAGCCUCAAAUUAGUACCGCUGAUGAAUGUGGGCUUGUGUAGGCGGGUCAGAGUCAGAAGGAGAGUAUAAAUUUCAAUGCCAUCUUGGAGAAGCAGAAGCAUCUGAGGAGCAAGUCAAUCGAGACAACGGAUUGAGCAGGAAGAGCAUGGAUACCGUCACAGCUCAGAAGGGCAGGUCCAGAGGAAACAAAAAAUCCAAAUCCAGGAAAAAUCCCAAGCACUUCACAGAUGUCCAUGGGCUUCCUUGCAUUGAGAAGAUUGUCACCUCAGUGGAAGACACCCCAGAGCCCAUCAGCACCCGCAUCGUCGGCACCAUCCCAAACUGGAUCAACGGGAACUUCUUGAGAAAUGGGCCAGGAAAGUUUGAGAUAGGGAGCCACGGGUUCAACCACUGGUUUGACGGUAUGGCCCUCCUGCACCAGUUCAAAAUAUCAAACGGGCAGGUUGCUUACAAGAGCCGGUUCCUGUCAAGUGACAGCUACCAAUCCAACAAGGAGCAGAACCGCAUUGUAGUGUCUGAGUUUGGGACCAUUACCAUGCCAGACCCCUGUAAAAACUUCUUCCAGCGCUUCCUGUCAAGGUUUGAAUUACCGAAGCCAACAGACAACGCCAAUGUGAGUUUUGUCACCUACAAGGGGGAUUUCUAUGUCAGCACAGAAACUAAUAUCAUGCACAAGGUGGACCCAGAGACCCUGGAAACAACCCAGAAAGUGGACUGGAGCAAAUUUAUUGCAGUAAAUGGAGCAACUGCGCAUCCCCAUACUGAGCCAGACGGAACAGCGUAUAACAUGGGCAAUUCUUACGGCACCAAAGGAGCAUACUACAACAUCAUCAGAGUGCCUCCAACCAAGGAAGUGGAGGAGGAAACCCUGGAGGGAACCACGGUGCUGUGCUCGAUUCCAGCGGAGGACAAGACCAAACCCUCCUACUACCACAGCUUUGCAAUGUCUGAGAACUACGUGGUGUUCAUUGAGCAGCCCAUCAAGAUGGACCUGCUGAAGAUCGCGACCGGCAAGUUAACAAGGAAGAGCAUCAGCGAAGGCCUCACCUGGAACCCCAGACUCAACACUGUCCUUCACCUGAUUCACAAACAGACGGGCAAGGUGAGCUCAGUCAGGUAUCUUGCCAAGCCCAUGUCUACCUUUCACCAAAUCAACGCAUACGAGGAGGAUGCUUUCUUGAUCAUAGACUUGUGCGCUUCGGACGAUGGGCAGGCCAUAGCAAACUACAACAUCCAGAACCUGCGCAAGUCUGGGGAGGCCCUGGAUGAGGUGUAUAACACCCUGUGUAGAGUCUUUCCUCGACGUUUCGUGCUGCCUCUCAACAUUGACCCCAGCACACCCUACAACCAGAACCUGAUUGACCUGCCAGACUGCACAGCCACCGCUGUCCUGACUGGCAAAAACAAGGUGUUCUGUACCCAUGAGGACCUGCAUGGGGAGGAUCUCCACAAGUAUGGGGGUCUGGAGUUCCCCCAGAUCAAUUAUGGCAAGUACAACACGCACCCAUACCGCUACUUCUAUGGCUGUGGCUUCAGACACCUUGUAGGGGACACCCUGCUGAAGAUGGACAUCCAGGGGAAACAGAUGAAGGUGUGGGAGCGUCCUGGUCUGUAUCCUUCCGAGCCGAUCUUUGUACCCAGCCCUGAUGCUACAGAGGAGGACGACGGUGUCAUCCUGUCUGUGGUCAUCACUCCAAACAAGGACAAGAGCACGUUCCUUCUCGUUUUGGAUGCAAAGACGUUCGAGGAGCUGGGAAGGGCUGUGGUGCCUGUUAACAUCCCCUACGGCUUCCAUGGAACAUUCACCAGCACUGCCUAGAUGUGAUCAGAAAACCAUCUAAUCCUGGUUAACCCUGACUUCUUAAACAGUUUUGUCUAAUUCCAUGUACAAAGAAAAACAACAAAUGACUUCGCUGUAUGUACUUGAUGAUCAUCAGAAGCCCUGCAAGGCUCACUGUAUAAACAUCCUGCAUGUAAAAAGGUUUUAUGAGAAAGAAAAUGUUUGAGCAAGCUGAUACUACGCGAGCUCUAAGCUGGGCGUGAGCCGUAUUUACACCAUGCAGCCGAAGGCUUUGUGCAAACGCCGCCGCUUUAUAGAACUGCUGAACUAACCAGAAGGUGCUGCUGAGAGACCCUUUGUUUGACAUAUUUCAGAAUAAAGCUAGUGAACGGUGCAAUGAGUGACCAGAGUAUGGUUUAAUCAAAAAUUACCUUUUUUAAAUGCAUGCAGGAAGCACUGAGUAUGUUUUGGAAAGCAUGAAAAGCGCUUCUGUUUCAUACAAAUGUUAAUAAUCACGAGCCUUGUGGCCUGCUAAAAGAAAAAACAGGAAGUGAUCUGUUGAAGCUCAUAUUUCUCAUGAUCACUUGCACCUUCUGUUUUCCCGCAGCUCUUUAACGGUCAUGUGAAAAGAAAAGCUGUAGCCCUGCAAAGCUUUCUCUAAUAUUAGGGUCCCUUCUUCAUUUCUGCUUCCCUUUU